GCCGCAGAGUAUCCCGCCUCCAAGAAAGUCAGAACCAGCUUCGCUGGACUGUCGCAAACAACUAACAAAUUAGCCAAACUGCCCCCUCAUCUCCUCAUGAGCACAAAUAGCGCACGCAUCUUCAAAUCCUGCAAAAAAAAAAAAAAAAAGAAGAAGAGAAAAGAAAACAGAGCAGAAAAAUAAAAUAAAAUAACAAUCUGCUGUAGGAGAAUCUAAAAAUUUAGAGAGAGAGAGAGAGAGAGAGAGAGAGAGAGAGAGAGAGAGAGAGAGAUUUGCAGAGAUGGCGUUACUCAAGUAAAACCGAUUCGCUCAACAGAUGGAUUACUGUCUUGGCGGUGAGAGCCCGGCAGUUCUGCAGCUCCAUAAAUGGGGCCCCUCUCAGUUCAAUAUUGACUUGUCGGAAUUUCGGGAGGGUUUUAUAUCGCCGACGAGGGAGCUUUUGCUGUUACUGUCUUAUCAAUGUGAAGCCUUGCUCCUUCCUUUAGUUGCCGGGGAAUCUGUGAUUAAUCGUGUUUCAGAACCUUUGAAUGAUGAAAGGCUUCAAUGUCGAUCUUCAGCAGCUUUCAGCUCUGAAUCAUGGACAGAACCUAGUAGGUCAGAUUUGAAGGAUGAUAUUCCAUGCACUUCUGCAUCAGUAAAGGAUUUUGAUAAUGGUUUUUCUCUUGAACAUGAAUUUUCAAGAUCUAAUAAUUCUCGUUUUGUUUGUGAUGUGAAUUCACUGGCUUGGGGUGUGUGUGGGGAUACUUAUAAUCAGCACAAGGAGGCUUCAUUUAGAGAGUUUCUAUUUGUGUCUAGUAGCAAUGGUGUUACAGUGCAUGCUUUCCGUAAGCCUGAUAUUGAUGGUGGAACAACUAAAACUGCACUUGAGGAUGAGUUUGGUCAAGGGAGGUGGGUUGAUUGGGGCCCUUCCUCUACACCAGCUCAAAAUUUGAAGGAUCGGGGCUCUUCAGGCUUGUGUUCUGAAGGCACAUCUACCGUCGUGGCUGAUGACAGGGCCAAUGGAAAUAGAGGAAGUCUGCAAGACAUAGAUAAGGAGAGUGGGGCUGAUGAGCUGUUGAGAGGUGUUGCUUCAAAGAGGUGGUUGCGCUCAUUCUCCAUCAAAGUCAAGACUAUCAAAUCUGAGGGUAACAUCUGGACCAGGUUUCCAGAGAAGGCAUCUUUUCCUGGCUCUGUGGAGGUUGUUUCCUUUAGCGUUUUUGACAGGACUUCACCACUACUGAACCUACUUUAUCAUGACAAUUCCAUCACAACAAAUGGGGAGGAGAGCAAGUGCGAAUCCAUGUUCAAUCCAGAGAACGAGAGAGUUAUAACCAAGUCUGAUGAUUUUUGUAUUGGUUCAUACAAAUGCUCCCGAGUUUUCCCCAGCAAUUCACAUCACCUAAUUGGAUUUGUUUUAACACUGGUUGAUUCUGCUGUUGUGAGUACUGGGAAUGAAAGUGAAAGAAGCAAGACAAAAAGUAUACUUCUUGUUGGAAAGCUAGACAGUUGGGGAAUCCAAUGGGUUUCCUUAGUGAAGCUUACACAAAGUGUACAUGUAGACUAUGUGUCUGAGUGGGCAGACUUUUGCUUUUCUGAUAACCUUCUUGUUUGCCUAAAUGCUUCUGGCUUAAUCUACUUUUAUGCUGCAAUGUCCGGUGAGCUUGUUGCUUAUGUAGAUAUUUUACAAGCUUCUGGGUUAAACCCUCAUUCAGUCCUAUGGCAGCAAGAAAAAAUGACUAUGGCUGCUGAUUUUCAGAUCAAACAAGUUGAAGAAGUUCGUGAUAAGUCAACUUCCCAAUGUGUUGAUCUCCUUGGUAAAGGAAUGUUUAGAAAAUUGCUUACUGGAUCCCAUACGUCCUUUUUAGCUGUAGUUGAUGAAUAUGGAGUAGUGUAUGUCAUGCGUACUGGUGACUCUUUCUCAAACAACUCCUAUGCUUGUGAUAAAUUGCUUCCACAUUUUCAACAUUUAGGGCUUGGGAUAUUGGCUGGCUGGAAGGUUGGUGGUUCUGACAUUGGGCACCAAUGGGUAUAUUCUAAUGAUCCAUCCACUAGGAAUGAAAAGGUCUUCUUUUUGGAUAAUGCUGGAAAAAAUGCACUUCAUAAAAUCCAAAUCUCGAACUGCCAUGGGUGUGAGGACUUGAUGAGUGGUUUUUCUGAGAUAGCCACUCACACAUUUCAUGAUUCUGAAGUAUGUUCCCACCUGAUGCGGAAAGUCUUUCUUCCCACAAAGAGAUCUAGUGAAGAUGAUUACAUCUGUUUUUCUCCUAUGGGAAUCACUCGACUCAUUAAGAAGCACGAUACUAAAAGUCAAAGCACUACUCAACUUGUUCAUUUUAAUAUGCACACAAGCUCAGCAGUUCUUGAUGACAGAUGCUUGAAUACUAGGGUUAACAUGAGUUAUAGCCAGGGAAAGGGAGAAGCUUCUUUUGGAGAAGCAGUUGGUUGUACCUUCCAAGGAUUCUUUUAUUUGGUGACUGAAGUUGGUCUUUCAGUUGUUCUUCCCUCUGUUUCUGCUACAUCAGAUUUCCUUCCUGUUGAAACCAUUGGAUAUCAGCAGCACCUUAUCAACACAGAUAUUGGAUGGCGAGCAAGAAGAAUGCUGGAAAUAAGAGAGUCAAAUGAACCCUUCUCACCUUGGAAAGUAGAAGUUUUGGAAAGAGUGCUUCUCUAUGAUGGCCCCGCAGAGGCAGAUCACUUAUGUUUGACAAAUGGGUGGGAGUUGAAAAUCUCUAGGUUGCGGUGGCUACAAAUGGCAUUGGAAUACCUGAAAUAUGAUGAAAUAGAGCGAUCUCUGGAAAUGCUUGUCAGCAUUAACCUAGCAGAAGAAGGCAUUUUGAGAUUGCUCUUUGCUGCAGCUUAUCUGAUGUCUCACAGAAAUAGCAAUGAUAAUGAGGUCUCUGCUGCAUCAAGGCUCCUUGCAUUAGCCAGCCACUUCACAACUAAAAUGAUCCGGAAAUGUGGGUUACUCCAGCAUAAGAAAGAUGCAUAUGUAUUACCUGGUUUUGGGAUGAUCCCUUUGCUCUCUCUUCCACCAGUUUUACCGCAUAAAUUACAGAAUGAAAUGGGGGACUCCAGAAGUCUUCAUGAUAUGGCUCACCUUUUGGAGAUUAUUCGGAAUCUUCAAUCUGGACUGAGCUCAAAAUUGAAGAAUAAGGGUGUGGGAUUGGUGGAUGGCAGGGAGGAAUUGAGCUCGGUGGAGGCAAAUUUAUCGCAGGACGAAUCUCAGCUUUCAAUUCUUUCGGCAGAUGCUACAUCAUCAGACACACCAAACCAGCAAGAACUUCUGGUUUCUGCAUCUUCUGUUGUUUCUAAUAAUGAGAAGCUUGCUUUGAUGCAUUGUGAUUCCUUGGAUAUAGAAGAUUCAAAUGGAGUAUCUGUUCUUGUGCCACAGGGUGGUAAUUGGGGAAAAAAAGUUUUUCCAUCUGAAAACCCUAAGGAGAUGAUUGCACGAUGGAAAAUGGAUAAUUUAGACGUAAAAACUGUCGUUAAAGAUGCACUACUAUCUGGUCGUCUUCCUUUGGCAGUUUUGCAAUUGCAUCUUCAUCGUUCUAGAGAUUCAGAGACUAAUAAAGAGCCACCCGAUACUUUUAGUGAAGUUCGUGACAAUGGAAGAGCCAUUGCUUAUGACCUAUUUUUAAAGGGGGAAACUGAAUUUGCUGUUGCAACGUUGCAAAGGCUUGGGGAGGAUGUUGAAACCUGCCUCAAGCAGCUAUUGUUUGGCACGGUCAGGAGAUCUCUUCAACUUCAAGUGGCAGAAGACAUGAGAAGAUAUGGUUAUCUGGGACCAUAUGAAUGGGAAACAUUGGAGAAGAUAUUAAUCAUCGAGAGGCUGUACCCUAGCAGUAGUUUCUGGAGAACUUUUGUUGGUCGGCAGAAGGCAUUAAAGAGAGCCACAUUGACUUUGAAUUCACCAGGCCAAAUUAAGCUGCAGCUAUUGCCUUCAUAUCUGUUUAGCAAUCUUAUCAUUGAGUGUGGUGAAAUUGAUGGAGUAGUUUUAGGUUCAUGGACAAGCAUCAAUGGAAACUCUCCUGAUCCUGUAGUUGAUGAAGAUACUGCUCAUGCUGGAUACUGGGCUGCUGCUGCCGCUUGGUCUAGUGCCUGGGACCAGAGAACCAUUGAUCGUAUAGUUUUGGAUCAACCUUUCCUUAUGGGCGUUCAUGUAUUGUGGGAAUCUCAACUAGAGUACUAUCUAUGCCACAAUGACUGUGAGGAAGUUUCCAAACUUUUGUACCUCAUACCUACAUCUGUUUUAUCAGAUGGAAGCCUCCAGAUCACUUUGGACAACUUUCAGCAUGCUCCAGAGGUUGGAUGCAAUCGUGAAAUUCCUGAGUACAACAGUUAUAUAUGCUCCAUUGAAGAAUUGGAUUCAGUGUGCAUUGAUAUUCCAGGGGUCAAGAUUUUCAGGUUUCCUGCCAAUGCAUUUUGCUCUAUGUGGUUAAGAAUGCUCAUGGAGCAGGAGCUUGCAAAGAAAUUUAUAUUUUUGAAGAAAUACUGGGAAGACACUGCUGAGAUUGUAGCUCUGCUUGCUCGUUCAGGCAUCAUAACUAGCAGGUCUGAUAAAAUGACAUUGGAGGACUCUUCUGUUGAGGCUUCAUCUGAUCUCAAUAUAACAGAUGAUGCUGUCCCCAUGGAAGCUUUGCAUAAAUUACUCUUACAUUACUGCGUGCAAUGUAACUUGCCAAAUCUUUUGGACCUUUAUCUUGACCAUUGCAAGUUGGUUCUAGAUAAUGAUUCACUUGGUUCAUUACAAGAAGCUGCAGGUGAUUGUCAAUGGGCAAAAUGGUUGCUUUUAUCUAGGAUUAAGGGGCAUGAAUACAAUGCAUCAUUCUCUAAUGCUCGAACAAUAAUGUCACCUAAUAUAGUUUCUGAUAGCAACCUCAAUGUUCUGGAGAUCGAUGAAAUAAUUCAUACUGUUGAUGAUAUAGCGGAAGGUGGGGGUGAAAUGGCAGCUUUAGCAACUCUAAUGUAUGCCCCUGACCCAAUACAAAAUUGCUUGAGCAGCGGUAGUGUGAAGAGGCAUGGUAGCUCAUCAGCUCAGUGCACUUUAGAAAACCUCAGGCCCACUUUGCAGCGAUUUCCUACUCUGUGGCGCACACUUGUUGCAGCAAGUUUUGGUCAUGAUACAACUUCUAAUUUCUUGGGUCUUAAGGGAAAUAAUGCUUUAGCAGACUAUCUAAAUUGGCGUGACAAUAUCUUCUUCUCUACUACACAUGAUACUUCACUUCUACAAAUGCUGCCAUACUGGUUUCCUAAGACUGUGCGGAGGUUGAUUCAACUUUAUAUUCAGGGUCCUCUUGGUUGGCAAUCAGUGUCAGGUCUGCCUACUGCAGACACUUUGUUGUGCAGAGACUUAGAUUUUUUCAUGCAUUCUGAUGAAAAUACAGAGCUAAAUGCUGUCUACUGGGAGGCAACUAUCCAAAAGCAUGUUCAAGAGGAACUCUAUGAUUCUUCACUUGAGGAAACUAAACUUGGGCUUGAGCACCAUUUACAUCGUGGACGUACACUGGCAGCUUUUAAUCAUAUCCUCAGUGUUAGAGUUCAAAAGUUGAAAUUAGAAGGCCAAUCUGUUGCUUUGUCACAUGGUCAACAAAAUUUUCAAUCCGAUGUUCAGACACUUCUUGCACCUUUGACACAAAGCGAAGAGGCUGUUCUUUCUUCGGUCAUUCCACUUGGUGUCGCUCAUUUUGAGGAUUCUGUGUUGGUUGCAUCAUGUGCUUUUCUCCUUGAACUUUGUGGUUUAUCUGCCAGCAUUAUUCAUGUGGAUGUUUCUGCCUUGAGACGGAUAUCUUCAUUUUACAAAUUGAGUGAGAACAAUGAGAGAUAUAGCCAAAUUUCACCUAAAGGUAAAGGUUCUGCACUUCACGUGGUAUCGCGUGAAGGUAAUGUAGUAGAGUCUCUGGCUCGAUCACUUGCAGAUGAGUAUCUGCACAAGGAUUGUGUAACCAACACUAAGUUAAAGGGGACUUCAAAUUCAUUCAUUGGCAAACAAUCUUCAAGAGUUCCAAUGCUAGUCCUGCAGCAUUUGGAGAAAGCUAGUCUUCCAAUAAUGAUGGAUGGAAAGACUUGUGGAUCUUGGCUACUGACUGGUAGUGGUGAUGGAACUGAAUUAAGAGAUCAACAAAAAGUAGCAAGCCAACACUGGAAUUUAGUUACAGCUUUCUGUCAGAUGCAUCAACUUCCAUCAAGCACAAAGUACCUUGCUGUCUUAGCAAGAGACAAUGAUUGGGUUGGAUUUCUGUCUGAAGCUCAGAUUGGAGGAUACCCUUUUGAUACAGUCGUCCAAGUAGCAACCAAGGAGUUCAGUGACCCACGUCUCAAAAUUCAUAUAUUAACAGUAUUAAAAGGCAUGCAGUCAAGGAAGAAAUCUGGUUCUCCAGCAUAUUCAGAUACUGGGGAAAGUGGAAGUGAAACUUACUGUUUCCAGGAGGACAUACUUAUUCCUGCUGAGCUCUUUAGAAUCUUAGCAGAUUGUGAGAAGCAGAAAAAUCCUGGAGAGUCUCUCUUGAAGAAAGCAAAGGAGAUGUCCUGGUCAAUUUUGGCAUUGAUUGCAUCAUGCUUUCCUGAUUUGUCUCCCUUGUCCUGUCUAACAGUUUGGCUGGAAAUUACUGCAGCGAGGGAAACUUCAUCCAUCAAGGUGAACGGCAUUGCAUCCCAGAUUGCAAAUAAUGUUGGAGCAGCUGUGGAAGCUAUAAAUUCCCUGCCAGCUGGUAGCAGGGUCCUGACAGUUCAUUACAAUCGGCAUAAUGCAAAACGCAGGCGUCUUAUGGAGCCAAUUUAUGUGGAUGUUUUGACUACUUAUGGUGGACCAACAAGGUCUGUUGCCCAAGGCACAGUUGCUGAAGAUGAAAGAAGAGUAGAUAUUCAUGAAAGUGUAAAUGUUUCAAGUGAUUCUGAUCAAGGACCUGUGUCUCUCUCUAAGAUGGUGGCAGUGCUUUGUGAACAACAGUUGUUUCUACCUCUGUUAAGGGCUUUUGAGAUGUUUCUUCCUUUGUGUUCUUUGUUACAUUUCAUUCGCUCUCUUCAGGCAUUUUCCCAAAUGCGUCUAUCUGAAGCUUCAGCCCAUCUGAGUUCCUUUUCUGUCAGGAUAAAGGAUGAACAAUCCAGUAUGCAGGCAAACAUAGGAAUUGAAGGGCAGGUCAGAACUUCGUGGAUAAGCUCCACGGCUGUAAAAGCUGCCAAUGCCAUGCUUGUAACUUGUCCAUCUCCUUAUGAAAAAAGAUGUUUGUUACAACUUCUUGCCGCAACGGACUUCGGUGAUGGUGGAUCUGCCGCAACAUAUUAUCGAAGACUUUACUGGAAAAUCAAUUUAGCUGAGCCUUCACUGCGGAAGGAUGACACUGUACAUCUAGGAAAUCAGGCUCUAGAUGAUGAUUCACUUUUAGAAGCAUUGGAAAAGAACGGGCAUUGGGAGCAAGCACGUAAUUGGGCCAGGCAGUUGGAUGCCAGUGGUGGACCUUGGAAAUCUUCUGUUCACCAUGUUACUGAAAUUCAGGCUGAAUCCAUGGUAGCUGAGUGGAAGGAGUUCCUUUGGGAUGUUCCAGAAGAGAGAGUUGCUUUAUGGGGCCACUGCCAGACACUGUUCGUCAGAUAUUCCUUCCCUCCUUUACAGGCUGGGUUAUUUUUCCUUAAACAUGCUGAAGCCGUUGAGAAGGAUCUUCCAGCGAGAGAGCUUCAUGAAUUGCUGCUGCUUUCUCUUCAAUGGUUAAGUGGGAUGAUCACUCUGUCUAAUCCAGUUUAUCCAGUGCCACUUCUGCGAGAAAUUGAGACUAGAGUAUGGCUCUUGGCAGUAGAAUCAGAAGCUCAGGCAAAGAGUGAUAGAGACUUUACUUCAACCACUUUGAGUCGGGAUCCUUUAAUUGGAAAUACUUCCAAUAUCAUUGACAGGACUGCAAGUUUAAUAACGAAGAUGGACAAUCAUAUCAAUACAAUGAGGAGCAGAACUAUAGAGAAACAAGAUGCAAGGGAAAAUAACUUGACACAGCACAAAAACCAAGUAUUGGAUUCCAUCACUCAGACAACAGGGAGUAGUACAAAGCCAAAACGGAGGGCCAAAGGCAAUGCACUAUCACGACGACCAUUAAUGGACCCCAUUGAUAAAAAUACUGAGCCUGAAGAUUUUUCUACUAACCUCUUUUCUAGAGGUGACUUGCUGUUGCCAGAUGAAAACUUAAAGAUAGAAAUGUCUUUUUCGAAGUGGGAGGAAAGGAUUGGACCUGCAGAGCUGGAAAGAGCUGUUCUUUCUUUAUUGGAGUUUGCACAAAUAACAGCUUCCAAGCAACUUCAAUAUAAGCUGUCUCCAUCACACACCCCUCAUGAAUUUAUACUUGUUGAUGUUACUCUAAAGCUUGCAACUAUAUCUACUCCUGGUAGCAAAAUAUCCAUAUCAAUGCUUGAUGAGGAAGUGCGUUCUGUGGUUAAGUCACAUAAUAUAUUAACUGAGCAGCAUCUGGUUGAUCCACUGCAGGUUAUUGUUCAGAUAUCAGAUAUCUUGGAGAAAUUGGUUACUGUUUUUACUGAAGGUAGUGGACGAGGACUGUGCAAGAGAAUCAUAGCAGUUGUAAAAGCUGCAAAUGUCUUGGGUCUUUCUUUUUUGGAGGCAUUUGAUAAGCAGCCAAUCGAUUUGCUCCAGCUGCUUGCUCUUAAAGCACAAGAGUCAUUUGAACAAGCAUCUCUCAUAGUGCAAACUCAUUCCAUGCCAGCUGCUAGUAUUGCUCAAAUUCUUGCAGAAUCCUUUCUAAAGGGUCUAUUGGCUGCACAUCGUGGGGGGUACAUGGAUUCUCAGAAGGAGGAAGGACCUGCUCCUCUAUUGUGGAGAUUUUCAGACUUCUUAAAAUGGGCAGAGCUUUGUCCUUCUGAACCUGAAAUUGGUCAUGCGUUGAUGCGUUUGGUGAUUACUGGAAAAGAAAUACCACAUCCCUGUGAGGUUGAACUUCUUAUCCUGUCACACCACUUCUACAAAUCAUCAGCAUGCCUGGAUGGAGUUGAUGUUCUUGUAUCCCUUGCUGCCACCAGGGUGGAAGCUUAUGUUUCUGAGGGUGAUUUUCCAUGUUUGGCUCGCCUGAUAACUGGAGUAGGAAAUUUCCAUGUCCUUAAUUUCAUUCUUGGCAUUCUCAUAGAAAAUGGUCAGCUGGAUCUUCUUCUUCAGAAAUAUUCAGCUGCUGCAGAGACAAAUGUGGAAACUGCAGAGGCUGUCAGAGGAUUUCGGAUGGCUGUUCUUACGUCACUGAAGCAUUUUAACCCCAAAGAUCAUGAUGCAUUUGCUAUGGUCUAUAACCACUUUGACAUGAAGCAUGAAACUGCUGCUCUUUUAGAGUCACGGGCAUGGCAGUCUUCUGAGCAGUGGUUUCACCGUUAUGAUAAAGACCAAAAUGAAGACCUCCUUGAAUCAAUGCGAUAUUUCAUUGAAGCAGCUGGAGUUCACUCUUCCAUUGAUGCUGGAAAUAAAACUCGCAGAGCUUGUGCUCAUGCAUCCCUUGUUUCCCUGCAAAUUCGAAUGCCAGAUUGCAAGUGGCUGAACCUGUCUGAAACCAAUGCUAGGCGAUUAUUAGUUGAGCAAUCCCGUUUCCAGGAGGCCUUAAUUGUUGCUGAAGCCUAUGGUCUUAACCAGCCAAGUGAGUGGGCACUGGUGCUUUGGAAUCAGAUGUUAAAACCAGAACUAACAGAAGAGUUUGUCUCUGAAUUUGUGGCUGUUCUUCCACUUCAGCCAUCAAUGCUUGUUGAAUUGGCAAGGUUCUACAGGGCUGAGGUAGCAGCCAGAGGUGACCAAUCCCAAUUCUCAGUUUGGCUGACUGGAGGAGGUUUACCUGCAGAAUGGGCUAAAUAUCUGGAGAGAUCGUUUAGAUGCUUGUUAAAGAGGACUCGGGAUUUGAGGUUAAGGGUGCAGCUGGCCACCACGGCAACUGGUUUUAGUGAUAUCCUUGAUGUUUGCAUGAAAGCAUUGGACAAGGUCCCUGACAAUGCUGCGCCACUAGUCCUCAGGAAAGGUCAUGGCGGUGCCUACCUUCCGCUGAUGUGAAAAAUGGCAAUGUAAAGGUGGUGGUUAUAGCAACUCCGGACUUGAUUACGAUGGAAGGUGAUUGAAAAUAUUGGUGAUAAUAGCUAGAUGCUAUAUCCUCGUAAUGUCUGGUGAUGGACCGGAAAUUGGCCCAGUUGUAAAUUAGCAAAAGAGUUUGAAGAACUAGGAAUAUACAAAGAUCAGCUCAAUUAGUUUAUACAACUGAAACAGUGUAAAUUGGAUUGGUUCUUUUUGCGUUUUGGUGGUGUUCAAUUUGGGGCUAGUUUUAUUUCCCAUUGAUGCCAUGAGCGAGGCCAAGUUCAUUUUUGUAACAAAUAUGUACAAUAUGUCUAUAUGAAGUUGCAAAAUUCUUUUUGACGA